UUGUGGUUGGCUCCAAUUUGAUUGUUUAGAGCCCCAGCUCUAUAUAAACUUUUCCCUUUCCAAAACUUUGUACCUAUCGCUAAACUUUAUGGACUUCUAAAUUAAAUUCAAAUAUAACUUGGGGAAAAUAAAGGAAACACCCAAAAUUCAAAUAUAACUGGUGGAAAAUAAAGGAAACACCCAAAAAAAUCUCGUGAAGGCAAUACCUGUGCCAUAUCUCUGGGAAAUUAGAGAUAUCCAAAAGAAUAUUUCUUUCCACUAACCCAAAAAAAAAGGAAAAACCUAUUUCCAAUGAUCUACCCAAAGAUAUCCAAAAAAAAUUAAUUAUUUCUAUCUCUUGUCAAGUUAGAGAUAUCCAAAAAAAAAUUGAAAUUUAAAAGUCAACGAAAUGCGAUUUAAAAUUUAAAAGUAGGUAAAUCCACACAAAUCAAGUUAUUUCUAUCAAUUCGAGUUAGAGAUAUCCAAAAAUAAUAAUUUGAAAUUUAGAGAAAUGCGAUUUAAAAUUUAAAAGUCAAGGUAAAUCGACACAAACAUACAUGAAGAGAGAGGAGAUCUCUCAGCAAAGGUGCAUUGUAGAGAGGGCAACAUGCAUGGAGAGAAAGGUGAGUAAAGCACAUUGUAGAGAGAAAGAGAAUAGUUAACAUUAAAUUCUACCUGCAUAUUCUUCUUUAUUUCUUUGGUUUUUCCUUCACCCGCCCUACAGCCCUAUUGAUUGAAAUCCUCAUCACCAUUGCAAUACAACUUAGGUGGUUAUGAGAAUUUCGUUUUAGGUAAAAGGAGUUUUAUAGGGGAAAUAAUAAUAAACAUUUUAUCGAAUAAAAAUCUUGAUAAAUAAAAAAAUAAUUCCUUUGUGUAAAAAACAAGUUGGGAAAUUACAAGGAAAAUGAUUUUGAAACAGACAAUAGUAAAGAGUUCACCCAUGAAUAUUAAGUGAGAGAAGAAAAAGGAUAGGAAUUUGGACAAUGGGCUUGUUUUGGAAAGUUUUUGAACAUGAAGAGGUGAGAGGUGAAGAAAGGUAGCUCAAUUACGAAGCUUCUUGUUUUGGUUCUGGUUAUGUAAAUUGUAUUGCCUUAAAAGGCUCUCUCUCCUCCCCAAAAAUUCAAAAAGUAAUUGCUAAAUGAUGUCUCUCCCCAAAUAAAUAGAAGCUAAUCCCCUUGCUUAGACCUCUCUCUCUCUCAAAAACUGUGUAAAACUUAACCCCCCUCUUUACUUGAGAAGAUAUAUAUAUAAAAGCCAAGCUAUUCCAAGGGAAGUGGGAAGCAAAAAUGGAGCAGUGCGAUCCAGAGUCUCAAUCUUUGUUAAGGCAACCACAUCAAGAGACAAGCACCAUGGAUGGCGAAGAGUCUUAUCAUUUACUUCUUCAAGAAGAAGGCACCACCUUCUCCAAUUCUUGUUUCAAUAUGUUAAAUGCUCUAUCAGGAGUUGGAAUACUAUCGAUCCCAUAUGCAAUCUCAGAAGCAGGGUGGACUGGAAUGUGGUUGCUCGUCCUAGUCGCCAUUAUAUGUUGCUAUACCGGCCUUCUUCUCCAAAAAUGCAUGGAUAGUAACAUGGACAUCCAAAACUACCCGGACAUAGCCGACCGGGCUUUCGGCUAUAAGGGGAAAGUAGCGCUAUCAGUGUUCUUCUAUCUAGAACUAUAUAUGCUAGCAAUAGAGUUCUUGAUUUUAGAAGGAGAUAAUCUGGCAAAGAUACUUCCCAAUAUGAGUUUUGAAGUGGCUGGCUGGAGAAUUGAAGGCAGCCAAGGGUUCAUAAUCAUUUCUUCCUUGGUAAUAUUACCUACAAUGUGGUUGAGGAGCUUGGGACUGCUAGCUUAUAUUUCCAUGGGUGGGAUCUUGGCUUCAUUGAUCAUGGUUGCUUCGGUUAUGUCGGUCGGCAUAUUUGAUGGUGUGGGGUUUCAUUCGAAGGGAAGGGCUUUCAAUCCAAGCGGAAUUUCCACUGCAAUUAGCUUGUAUACCUUUUGUUAUUGUGGUCAUGCUAUGCUUCCCUCAAUAUGUUCUUCCAUGAAAGACAGGACCAAAUUUUCCAAGGUGCUAAUCAUCAGUUUCAUUGUCUCCACCUUGAAUUAUGGUGCCAUGGGGGUUCUUGGUUACUCCAUGUUUGGAGAAGAGGUCAAAUCUCAAAUCACAUUGAAUCUCCCCAGAGGAAAACUAAGCUCCAACAUAGCCAUUUACACAACUCUCAUAAAUCCAUUGACAAAAUAUGCAUUGAUAGUGGCCCCAAUUCUAGUAGCUAUUGAAGAAACACAGCCUCUCAUCAAGAGUAACGUACUUCUAAACAUCUUGGUCAGAAUACUAUUAUUGGCUAGCGCAGUCACAUUGGCCCUUAUGCUCCCCUUUUUCGUGUAUUUAAUGGCAUUAAUCGGGUCAUCUAUGAGUUGCAUUGUCUCUUUGAUACUGCCAUGUGUUUGUUACUUGAAGAUCAUCGGGACUUCAAGGACUUCUAAGGUGGAAAUGGCAGUGAUAUAUGGCAUCAUAGUGAUGAGCUCUUUGGUCGCUAUAUCGGGUACCUAUAAUUCCAUACAUCAAAUUGCACAGCAUGCGUGAAGGUUUGACACCGUUAUCAUUCUGAUGAGGAAGGUCAAGAAUUCGAAACCUUGAUGUUUGAUGAAGAAACUGAAAAAGCAUGCUAACCUUUUACUAGGAAUGGGGUUUGGGCUUCAUUGUUAGUUGUUGACAAUGUAACACCGCAUCCCAAGCUCAAGUCCUCUGAACCACAGAGGGGAAGCAAAGGUAAAUGUUAAUGCAAUUGGAGGGGUUUCAUUCCUGACAGUUACGAUAGAAGGUUACAUUAUUAAGUGAAUGGUCGAAGGAACCAUUCAUACCGUCGAAACAAAAUUAUGCUAGAUACAAGUCCAACUAUUGUUUUGUAGGGAGUAGCCUAACAGAAAACCCUUGGAGAAAAUCAAAUCCAUUGACAAAGAUCCACUUUCGUUUUUUUUAUUUGUUAAUGGUGGGAUGGAGGGUGGGAUGUUCUGUUGAGGCAUUCGAUCCCUAUCAAACAUGCACCCACCCCAUUCCCUGACAGAGAUCCAGUUAUUGGUGGAUGAGGUAUUCUUUGAUAAAUUUUAAGAUCUUGUUGCAGACUUGAAAUUUUGGUUUGU